CUUCUUCUCAUUAUCGUCACCCCUUACAGAUACAUCUUUUUCUAUCAUGUCUAACACCAACACAUCCUUCGUUCUUCAAAAGAUCAAUGAAAUUUCAUUCGAGGAUAGAGCUAUCCCCGUUCCCGGCCCUGGAGAAGUCGUUGUCAACAUCAAGGCUACAGGUAUUUGUGGUUCUGAUGUCCAUUAUUGGACACACGGUAGCAUUGGUCAUUUUAUCUGUAAAGGUCCUAUGGUCCUCGGUCACGAAUCUGCUGGUCUUGUCGCCUCCGUUGGUGAAGGUGUCACUCAUCUCAAGGUAGGAGAUCCCGUUGCUUUGGAACCUGGUGUGCCUUGCAGAAACUGUGAGAUGUGUAAGACCGGUAGAUAUAACUUGUGUCCCGAUAUGAAGUUCGCUGCUACUCCUCCUUAUGACGGUACCCUCUGUAACUACUAUAAGCACGCUGCUGACUUCUGUUACAAGUUGCCUCAAGGUAUCUCCUUGGAGGAAGGUGCUUUAAUCGAACCCUUGUCCGUUGGUAUUCAUGCUGCCAGAAGAGGUAAUGUCAAGUUGGGUGAUAGAGUCUUCAUUUUCGGUGCUGGUGCCAUUGGUUUAUUAACCGCUGCCGCUGCUAAGGCUGCUGGUGCUUCUCACGUUACAAUUGCAGAUAUUGCUGAAUCAAAGUUGAACUUUGCUAAGUCUUACUCUGCUGAUAAGACCAUUCUUUUAACAAAGAAGCGUGCCGAAGGUCAACAAAGUAACGAUUUCGCUCGUCAAAUGGCUGAAGAAAUCCUUGCUGAAGAAGGUGUUGAAGCUGCUAACGUUGUCUUUGACUGUACUGGUGCUGAGGUCUGUGUUCAAAUGUCUGUCUUCCUUGUCAAGAACAGCGGUAGCAUCGUUUUGGUUGGUAUGGGUGCUUCUGUUCAAUCUAUCUCUGUUGCCGAUGUCUCUGCCAGAGAAGUCGAUGUUAAGGGUGUUAUGAGAUACUGCAACACCUAUCCUACUGCUAUUGAAAUGUUGUCCUCUGGUAAGGUUGACUUGAAGAGCUUGAUCACACACAGAUAUGAAUUCAAGGAUGCCUUAAAGGCUUUCCAACAUGUUAAGGAGGCCAGAGAAGGUACCAUCAAGGUGGUCAUCACCAACGAUCAAUAAAUAACGAUCGUCCCCAAAUAAUACCAUGUAAAGUUUAUUGUAUAAAAUUAUUGUAAUAAAAAAGCCAACAGUUCUUGCACUGUUUCACUCCCUCA